AUGCUGUUAUUAGAAGUUUCAGCUCGAUAUGUUGGACCAGAGCGAACUUCAGAUAUAGUUGAUAUAAAACCACCAAAUAUGGAAGAUUUAACUGAAGUGAUAACUGGUGCCGAAUUUCAUCCACGUGAAUGUAAUUUAUUUGUAUACAGUAGUUCAAGAGGUAUAAUACGUCUUUGCGAUAUGCGACAAUCAGCACUUUGUGAUCGACAUUGCAAAGUUUUUGAAGAAGCUGAAGAUCCAACAAGUCGUAGUUUCUUUUCUGAAAUAAUAUCAUCAAUAAGUGAUAUUAAAUUUAGUCAUUCAGGAAGAUAUAUGCUUACAAGAGAUUUUCUUAAUCUUAAAGUAUGGGAUUUACAAAUGAAUACAAAACCAGUUGAAACAUAUCCUAUACAUGAAUAUCUUAGAACAAAAUUAUGUGUUUUAUAUGAAAAUGAUUGUAUUUUUGAUAAAUUUGAAUGUUGUUGGUCACCACAUGAUGAUCAUUUAUUAACUGGUUCUUAUCAUAAUUUAUUUAAAAUGACAUCACGUUUAACAAAAAAAGAUGCAAUAUUUGAAUCAUCACGUGAACAAGCAAUACGUCCACGACAAUUAUUAAAAUGUAAAAAGGUGCUUCAAUCAGCUCGUCGUAAUCGUCGUGAUGAAAUAAAUCCCGAUAAUUUAGAAUUUUCAAAAAAAAUUCUUCAUUGUGCAUAUCAUCCAACAGAUGAUAUUAUUGCUAUUGCAACAGCACAUAAUCUUUUUACAUAUGUUGCUAAAGAUUCAUCAUCAUCAUCAUCAUUAUCAUCUUAG